UACGGAACGUCGUGGCGCGAACAACUCGGCACCUAAACGCCGUUGCCGUUAGAGUGUAAUCCAUAUUAUCAGUAUUCAAAGACUUGUAUGAAUAAGUGAAUAUUCCUAUUUUCGUGGAUGCUGUUAAAUUUUACUGAUAAUUUGUUGUUGUUUUCAAUUCAUAACUAACAUGCUUAUGAGGCACGCAUGGGUCGCGUUAUCUUUCGCCUUACUUUUUUGCUUGGAUCUCAGUGAGGCGCUUAUACGCGAUGAGGAUGUUGGCACAGAAGAGGAGUCCAACACAGAUAUUGACUUGACCGGUGACGCAAAGGAUGACCAUAAUGUACGCGUAACCGAGAAUCGUUUGGCGGCGCAGCUUUUCGCCGUCAUAGAGCAUUUCAAGCAAGAAGAUCCCGUUGGAUUUCCAGGAGCGCCAAUACCAGAUCCCAUGGAGGUGCCAGACAUGCGCAAAAGUCUCGGUAUGGGCACGUUGAGUAUGAUGCAGGUGAAAGCGUAUGGUUUGUCGAAAUUUCGUAUUGACACGGUGCAAGCGGAUCUGAAGGCGAUGAAGGUCGAAGCCGGUAUACAAUUGGACAAGAUGGACGUCCGCGGCAAGUACACGCUGAGCUCACUGUUUACCCGAGCUAAUGGACCGUUCACAGUUGUGCUUAAAAAUGUCUACGUGAAGGCGAAUGCGGCACUAGCUGUCGAAAGAGAUGGACAUUUAACCACGGAACGCAUAAAAAUGGAUAUCACUUUCGGUGAUAUGUCUAUGGAUUUCCAGAAUUUAGGUUUAGUUGGCAAUUUAUUUCAAAGCGUUGUCAACUCUGCGCCCACACUCGUCUUCGAUGCCAUGAAACCGUUCAUGCUAUCGGAAGCGGAUAAGAAAUUACGCGAAGAGAUAAAUGGAAAUCUGGAGAAAUUCUUAGGUGACCGACUUUUGCCUAAUUCAAUAUCACCGUUAGAUAUGGCCAUAGCCGAGGGUCGAAAGAAAGUACGUGAUAUGGGUUACGAUCCAUAUCAUUUGCCCGACUAUAAUCGUACGGCUGGCAUAUUCACCUUUCAGUUGGUGAACUCUUGGAUUUGGGGUGUGUCGAGUUUUUAUCGCGUUGGCGACAUGUCAGUAGCCAUGCAGAAUAAUACAAUUAAAUUACAUUUCCAUGUGGGCACACAGGAGAUUGCCGGCGAAAGUCAUUGGGAAAUCGAUUUUACUCUCGGAUCUCGUACAGGCGUAUUCAAAUUUUCCGUUCAAUAUAUUCGUGUGACAGUCGAGUUGAGUCAAUCACUAGAUACGCGUAAGCGACCACAAAUCAAUGAUCUACAAAUCGAUUUGGGUAAUAUACAAAUACGAAGUGAUGGUGCUGGUACUUUGGAUUAUAUUGCGGAGGCUGCCGUCAAUAUUUUACCCAAUUUAUUACGCUAUCAAAUUAUGGAUAUUCUAGAGAACCCUGUGAAGAUGCGUAUACAGGAGAAAUUCGAUUCGAUUGAUGUAGAGAAAGCGAUAAAGGAAAACUUUGAAAAGUUCCAAACUAUGGGUGAUGACUUCUCAUUUGACUUUAAGCUGUAAAAGUUAAAAUCUCGUCAACCCAGAAUGUUCGAAUUCUUUAAUAAAUUUAUAUGUACAUAUAUAACAAGUGCAACCGUAUAUUUUAUGGUAAUAAAAUGUUGAAUAUAAAAAAAUA